ACCGCGCGUUUUCGCUCCUUUCCGCCCUUGCGCUGAUCCUGUCAUUCUGCAUCUUGCUUUCACAUCCAUGGAGACGGAGAGUUCCAUCAACCGGGUGGUGAAACGACACAGAGCUGCAACCUUUGGCAAUCCCCGCGGCUGCACCUCAUGGCUGAAUCACCAGCAACAGCAGCGACGUUGCUACCAGGGACGGCCGUCGUAGUCACGGCUGGAGUGGAUGACAUUAAAGCUGGAGGGAAACCUGCAGGAGCACCUAAUGCUGGAGGUGCAGACGCAGUGCUAGCUGCCAAUGGCGGCGGUCAAGCACCAUCAACCAAUCCAACAACUACGGGUGUCGCGCCAGCGGGGACGUAUGAGCCAACCAAGCCCAGCUACACGCAGAAGGCCGAGAGCAAAGAGGCGCAGAGGCGCGUGCUAGCCGAGAACAGGGAGUGGAAUCUGUCCCCGGUGAAGAAACUGCGGGAUCUAUGCGUCGAUGUAUUGGUUGCUAGAUUCGAAGAGCAGCCCAUACUCUCCCGCAUCCCCGGCAAGUACCGCGACAGAGUCAUUUCUGGCAUCUCCGUGCACCUUCCCCUCAGCAUCACAGCGCCCUUAGUCCCCGACGAAGCCUAUUGGCAACGCAAAUCCACCGCAGCCUUCAAGAUUUGCAACCUGCGCGACCACGGCAACUCCUGGCGGCGGCUGUUCUUCGAAUCGCACAUCCAAAAACUCCUCGAGGAGUAUAUUCCCCAGCCCGGCAGCGAGAAGGAAGCGGAGGUGCUUGCCCAGCUGGACUUGGCGGCGGCUUAUGUGCAUAAGCUCAAGUUGAAGCAGUUGUGUCCGACUGCGUACCCGGUGAAGAAGGGCGAUGGGCCGGUUGGCGCGACGAAGGGAGGGCUGGGAUCUUUGCAGAAGGCUGUGAGGGAUCCGAGCGCGGUUCCACAGGAUCAUAUGAACCUAGCUGUUGUCUUUGCCAAGUUGAAACAUUUGGAGGACAUCGAGUUGGCGUUCAGCGUACGGGAUUGCGGAAUAGAGUUCGAGUGGGAGUACUUUGGCAUGACGCUUAACGACUGCGUCUCAUUGACAGAAGGGAUGAAGCUCUCAAAGCUAUUACGAGAUCUCAAAGUCACUGCAAGCGGCAUAGACAACGACCGAUGCCAAGUUUUAGCCGCGGCCCUGGUGGACAACAAGACGCUGCAAUCUCUAGACCUAUCUCACAACAUCAUCGGCGACACCGGCGCCCAAGCCCUCGCGACCGUCCUCGUCAAACCCAAAUGCCGUCUCACCCGCCUCAGCCUCUGCAACAACCACAUCAAAAACCAAGGCGGCGCCUACCUCGCCAACGCCCUAACCCGGAACAGCUCGCUAAUAUCCCUCGCCCUGCGCAUGAAUUUCUUCGGCGACAAGGGAAGUGCCGCGCUGUUCACCGCACUGAAAGACAACAAGACGCUGCAACAUCUCGAUCUGAGUUGUAAUCAAAUGGGCCCUGCUACCGUCGGGCCCGUGUGUACGGCGUUGAAGAACAAUAUCCGGUCGCUGGUGUCGCUGGAUUUGAGCUGUAAUCGAUUAGGGAAUGCGGACCAUUCGAAGGAUGGGACUAGAUUGGUGGGGGUGGAGCCGGCGAGGCAAACGCAGGCGCAGGCGCAGCCAAAUGCGAAAGCGAUGGGUGAUACGCAUGGAGGGAUUGAGGAUGCGGCCGGGAGAGCGUUGUUUGAUGCCGUUAGUCAGAACAAGUAUGUGACGCAGCUGGACCUGAGGUUGAGCGGCAUCACAUCCGAGUUUCAAGUUGCGAUACAAGGAAUCAUCAACGAAAACAAAGCAGCGUUUGCGUAGCUUGAUAUUGAGACCUCAUGUGUCUCCUUCUCGUUUCUAAUGGUUCUCCGUGAUUUCGGUUUCUCUGAUAUGACCGAAAGUCUGUUCAUGUAAAGAUCAACGAAGUAGGUACAGAG